AUGGCCAAUCAAGCGUGCAUUCUCAUUUGUCCCCCAGAGAUCUCCACUGCAGAGAUGAGCGCCCCGGAUGCUGGGAAAAGACGUCAGAGGAGUGCUUUUAGCGAGAACUCAUUGCCCGUCAUCUCGAAACGACCGAGAACGAACUAUGAAGAAGAUGACAACGACUGGGAAGACAGACAAACCUGUACUUCGGGACCGUUAUCAUACGGCGACUACAAUGUCGGCUGGAUCUGCGCGCUCCCCAUCGAGAUGGCUGCCGCGAAAGCCAUGUUGAAUAGCAUACACGGAGGCCUGCCUGGAGAUUCCAAUGACAGCAAUACUUAUACUUUGGGGAGCAUCGGCAUGCACAAUAUUGUUAUUGCGUGUCUUCCAUCAGGCCAUUACGGUACGAAUAAUGCAGCAACCGUGGCGAACAACAUGCGCCGAAGCUUCCCUUCUAUACAAAUCCGCCUGAUGGUUGGCAUCGGUGGCGGAGCUCCCAGUAAGGUCGAUAUCCGGCUUGGAGAUGUUGUCGUCGGCGAUAAAGUGGUACAACACGAUUUCGGGAAGACACUUCACGACGGCAGUUUCGAGCGAACAGACAUCUUGACCAGACCCCCGCAAGAAAUCAUGACGGCAGUUUCGAAGUUGCGAUCAGACCACGAGUCGUCGCGCAGCCAAAUUCGCUCCAUUCUCUCUGAGAUGCUAGAACGUCACCCGUCAAUGACGAAAUAUGCAUAUCCUGGACUACUGCACGACAAGCUAUUUGAGAAUACAUACGACCAUGACCAGACACUGUCCAGCUGCGAUCAAUGCGACCCAUCCAGAUUGAUGGAAAGAUCUGGCCGAGACAGCACUGAUCCCAGGAUUCACUACGGCGUUAUCGCGUCCGGGAACCAGGUCAUCAAGCACGCUAAGACCAGGGAUAAGCUAGCUCAAGAACUGGAUGUGUUAUGCUUCGAGAUGGAGGCGGCGGGGCUGAUGGGCAGCUUUCCUUGCCUGGUCAUCCGUGGAAUCUGCGACUAUUCUGAUUCUCACAAGAACAAACAAUGGCAAGAAUAUGCUGCUGCUGCCGCUGCCGCAUAUGCGAAAGAGCUCCUUUCUGUCAUUCUUCCAAAUGCAGCUCCCAAAACAGUAACGGUUGGAACGAGCCUUGUUACAGAUCGUCGGGAGGAUCUGCUGGAUUCCCUGAGAUUUGAUCAAAUUGAUGCCCGCCACGCCAACAUCAAAGCCGCCUACGCCAAAACAUGCAGAUGGUUCCUCAAGAACCCUGAUUAUGUUGACUGGCUAGACCCGGCCAAACUCAGUCAACAUCAUGGCUUUUUGUGGAUAAACGGGAAGCCUGGAGCAGGGAAGUCAACUUUGAUGAAGUUUGUCUACACGCACGCAAAGAAGAAAGCUGCUGGCAACGCAGCCACCCUUGCAUUCUUUUUCAAUGCGAGAGGAGAUGACCUAGAAAAGUCGAUAGUAGGAAUGCACCGAUCGCUUCUUCUCCAACUACUGGAGAAGUUGCCCGACCUUCAGGAAGUGCUUGACGAUUCCGACUACUCGCCUGGAAAUCGGAGCGGCCAUCGUACGUGGGAAGUUGAAGAGCUGCAAGGACUUUUCUCCCAGGCAGUCGAGAAGCUCGGACAACGACGCGUGACUUGCUUCAUUGAUGCUCUAGACGAGUGCGACGAGAGCCAAGUAGUAGCCAUGGUUGGGUUUUUCGAAGAUCUUGCAGAGCACGCUGUUCAGAACCAAUCAAAGCUCUACAUCUGUUUCUCCAGUCGUCAUUAUCCAUAUGUCGACAUACGAACGGGCCGCAGACUGACAUUGGAGGAUCAGACGGGCCAUGUCCAAGAUCUGGACCGUUAUGUACAGAGCAACCUGAGAGCAGGAGUGGGCAAACAGGAUGACGAAGUCAGAGCUGGAGUAUUGCAGAAGGCGGCUGGCGUCUUCAUGUGGGUUGUCUUGGUCGUCGACAUUCUCAACAAGGAGUUCCGACGCGGCCGCAUCUUUGCCGUCAGAAAAAGGCUUCAAGAAAUACCGGCCAAAUUAAGUGAGCUCUUCAAGGACAUGUUGCAGAGGGAUCAAGUCAACCUGGACGAUUUCCUACUUUGCAUUCAGUGGAUACUUUAUGCGAAACGUCCUUUGAAGCGCGAGGAAUAUUACUUCGCAAUGGUAUCUGGACUUGACCCAGAGCCAGAGAACUUGGUUGAAUGGAAUCCCGAGCAUAUAACCAUGGACCAGUUGCAGCGAUUUGUUUUAAGUUCUUCCAAGGGACUGGCCGAGGCUACCAAGUCCAACACAGUUCAGUUCAUCCACGAAUCAGUUCGAGAUUUCCUGAUCAAAGACGAUGGUCUUCGGGAUUUGUGGCCUGAACUCGGGCAAAACUUCCAGGGUUUGAGCCAUGAUCGUCUGAAGCAGUGUUGCCAAACCUAUACAAGAGUCGAUUUAUCCGACCACCACUCUUUCGAUCAGGCACUUCCGAAGGCAACUUCUGACGAAGCGAAAGCUUUGCGAGAAUUGAUUUCAGCAAAGUUCCCGUUUCUUGAGUAUGCGACUCGUCAUGUGCUCCAUCAUGCUGAUACUGCUGCCAAUGGAUUGGCACAAGACAAGUUCGUCAAGGAGUUCCAGCUCUCAGCCUGGAUCAGUCUCGAUAACUUGUUUGAAAAGCACGAAAUCCGUCGCCAUACACAGAAUGCAGGUCUUCUGUACGUUCUUGCGGAGAAAGGCCUGGCAAGGCUUAUCAAGACAACAAUCUUCUAUGAUCAGAGGAUUCACAUACAAGGAGAGCGAUAUCGAUAUCCUCUGUUCGCUGCCUUGGCGAAUAGUCAUCGAGAUACAGUAAGAGUGCUCUUGCAACAGAAGACGAGCAACCUUUCACAAGAUGACGACAUUGCUGAGCAGCUGGAGUAUGGCAUAGAUUUCACGGCUGGCAAGCAUGAGACGCCGCUUAUGUGGGCGGCUAAGAUGGGACAUGUGGGCCUCACUAAGUUUUUGAUUCCGUCCGGGGAACUUGACCUCAACUCCCAGGACUACAAAGGUCGGACCGCGCUAUCAUGGGCGGCCGGAAACGGGCAUGAGGCUAUUGUGAAACUGUUGCUGGCGACUGGAGAAGUGGAUCCCAGUUUGUCAGAUAACAGAAACCGGACAGCAUUAUCAUGGGCGGUUGGGAAUGGACAUGAGUCCAUUGUAACGCUGUUGUUUACAAUUGAGGGCGUUGAUAUACACUCAAAAGAUAGGAGUGACCGGACGAUGCUAUCAUGGGCGGCCGGGAACGGGCAUGAGGCUAUGGUGAAACUACUGCUGGCGACUGGGGAAGCGGAUCCUAGUCUGCCGGAUGUCGGUGGUCGGACGGCAUUAUUUUGGGCGGCUAGGAAUGGACAUGAAUAG